UUCACGCAAAUCCACCACACAAUCCAUUGACAAGAUGCCGAGCUCAUGUAGAGACAUCAGAACGGCGAUGGCUCAAUGCCUCCAAGAAUCAGAUUGUAUCAUGGUCCAACGCAAUUCGCCGCAAGAAUGUCUUCGCCCGCCUCUUUUCGACGAAUUGCCCACGCGGUGCCAACAAUUAUCGAAAGCCCUCUCCGAUUGCAAACGUGGACUAGUUGAUAUGCGCAAGCGUUUCCGAGGAAAUGCUCCUAUUUCAGUAUCGCGCGAGCUCGAGGGCGGCAAAUCUCAACAAACGCCAGAGCAAUUAUAUGCAGGUAAACCAGCGUUUUCGUCGGUGAAGGAAAUUAGCGGAGAUGAGGUGGAGAUGGAUCCGGAAAAGACCAGGGGUUUAUAAAUUGGAUUUUGUUGGAAGGCAAUUGGAAAAGCUGGAACGGAAAUGCCCCCUCUUAUUCUGCAUUGGCCGGAGUUUUUUAUGUAUCUGUAAAUACUGAUUUAUUCUUGAAUAAAUGCACUUAUUUUCAUCAA